AUGAACGAAUUUAGGCCGGGUUCCCACUACGCCGGACCGGCAGAUCUGCCGAAAACCGGACACCGGACAGAGUGUUCACAUUACAUCGGAUCCCGGAAGAAAUUCAGACAGUCCUCAGUUGAAUUUGGACCUGCGCGCACAAUGGACGACGAAAUUGUUGUGUUGUGGUGGUAUCUUAAUAGAAGGCAAAAUAAAAGAAAACAUUGGGUACACCCUAUUUUACGGGAAAGAUUUUCACUUGGAACAUUUGAAACAUUAAUGGGUGAACUUAGAAGAGACGAAUCAAAGUUCUUCAAUUAUUUUCGAAUGACAGCAACCACUUUUGACGAUUUACUGGGACGACUAGACAUAAGAGUACGAGAUACAAGUUUCAGAGAAUGUAUUUGCCCAGAACAAAGAUUAGCCAUAUGUCUAAGAUAUUUAGCUUCAGGAUGUUCAUUCAAAGAAAUACAUUACUCAUACAGAGUAGGCGUUUCGACAAUAAGUAAACUAAUAAAAGAAAUGACCCACGUCAUUUGGGAAAACCUAAAGACAGAUUUCCUUAAGCUGCCUGAUACUGAGAGAGAAUGGGAGGACAUCGCUUCAGGAUUCGAAAGAAAAGCCAACUUUCCUCACUGUCUUGGAGCAGUAGAUGGCAAACAUAUCAGAAUUUUGAAACCAGCCAAGAGUGGUUCUAUGUUCUUUAAUUACAAGGAGUAUUAUUCUUUUGUAUUAAUGGCAGUUGUCGAUUCAGAGUACCGAUUUAUUUUUAUUAGUGUGGGCUCAUUUGGCAAGGAAUGCGAUUCUAGUAUAUUAAAGGAUAGUACAUUUUGGCAAAAGAUCAAUGAUGGUACUUUAAAUGUACCAAAGCCUAGACCGCUUCAUGAAAACUUGCACGAAGAAUUACCGUUUAUACUUGUUGGCGAUGAAGGCUUUGCUUUAACACCUAAUCUCCUACGUCCAUAUGGAGGUACACAUUUGAAUACUGAUAAAAAGAUUUUUAACUAUAGACUAAGUCGAGCAAGAAGGUAUGUUGAGUGCGCUUUUGGUAUUCUGGCAAAUAAGUGGCGAAUAAUCCAUCGAGCUAUAGAUCUCAACGUAGACACAGCAAUUCAAGUAAUUAAAGCUUGUGCAGUCUUACAUAAUUUUGUAAGAGAAAAAGAUGGUAUAAAUUUUGAAAGUUACCAAAAUAUAGAACAUAGACAAGAACAAGAAACUACACCCAUGAAUCGAAAUGUGUCGAGUCGAGGUGGCCCUAAUGCCAACGCUAUACGGACAUCAUUUACUAAUUAUUUUGUUUCAGAUAUUGGUUCCGUUCCGUGGCAGGCAGCAGCUAUAAAAUAAAAUUUAUCAAUGCAUUUACAUUUUAUCAAUAAAACAUUAAAAACUCA